ACGAACCAGAAAUCAGCAUAAAAUGUGAUGCAGCAAUAAAACCAGCUGCAAAGAAAAGGUGAAAAACGGAUCUCGGUUCUGUAAUUCUGAUCCGUUUUAAUGAAAACAGAAUUUUGACAAAUUGUUAAAAUCAAACCAGAUUCCUGAGAAGGUUUUUAAAGUUCGAGCGGUUCUGUCAGCAUUUUUGGACCGUCGCAGUGUUCUACUGUGUGGCUGUCUGGACCACCGACGCCCAUAAACGGUUAAUUUUUAUUCUGAUGGUGACGACUUGUUUUGCUGUUGGCUCCUUCACACGGGAGGCAGAGGCGGAAGACGGAGCAGCCUCCCUGUCGGCCUUCAGAGGCGGCUGAAGGUGACUCUGUUCUCGGCUGGGAUGCAGAGGCGGCUCUCAUCGGCCGGACACCAGCUCCUGUUUCCCCGGGAAAUUAGCGCUUACUGCCGGGGAGCGGAGGCCCUACGACCCAUAACCGUCUGAGCUGAGUCAUUUCGUCCUAUUUGGUUUUGAGAUAUUUUCGGGCGCCUCUCUCUGGGUGGGCUCCGGCGGAGGGGGUGCAUGCAUGUGUUCUGCACCGUACGGGCGGAAAAAGCGCCCAAGAUCCGCAGGGAGCAUCUUCCCCAUCAGCAAAGGGGCGCAGGCGGAGCCGGAGCGGCGGGAGAGCACGGAGGCGGCCGUGGAUGACAGCAGGAUGACUGUUCAGGAAUUCAACACCUUGGUCGCUUUGUACCGGGAGCAGGUCAUAUCUGUCGGUGAGAUCUCGGUGGACUGUCCGUCACUGCGGGCUCAGAUGCACCAAACCCGGUCCAAAGGGUGCUCCAUGGCCCGGGCUGCACACCAGGACCUGGCCCUCAUCUCUGGAUCCGGGCCGGAGGACGGAGAGAUCCAUCCUGAAAUCUGCCGUCUCUUCAUCCAGUUGCAGUGCUGUCUGGAGAUGUUCAUAACGGAGAUGCUCAAGUCCAUGUGCCUGCUGGGGGUGCUGCAGCUCCACAGAAAAACAGGAAUAGACUCAGAGCCGAGGGUUGACUUUAGGAUGGACGAGAGCUCGGAUGUUCCCAUUCUGGAGGACCGAUCCUCGUCUCCCAUCGAUUACCCUCAGGACUCAUGGCUGGUGGGAACUGAUAUCGAGAACAUAGAAAGCAUGUUGAUGCUACUGCUGCAGCUCCUCAGCUGCAUAGCAGGCAGCCUGGCCUGUUACUGCGACCGAUACCCCUGGACCUCCUGGUCCAUUUGCACCAAGACCUGCAACUAUGGCACUCAGACCAGAAGCAGGACAAUUCAGUAUGAUGAAUAUUAUUGGAAGAACAGUUGCCAACAAAUGUGUCCCAGAUAUGACACGAGAGCUUGUAACGAGCGGGCCUGUCCGAUUAACUGUGUGCUGACAGAGUUCAGCCAGUGGUCCGACUGCUCCCCCUGUGCCAAGAAACAGUUUCGGACUCAGUCCGUUCUGAGACCUUCCCAGUUCGGUGGAUCAGAAUGCAGCGUGGAGCUGACAGAGGAAAGGCCUUGCUAUCCAUCCAAGGAGUGCCUUUUACCACCUGUGGACUGUAGAGACGACUUCAAGUGUGACAACGGGCGCUGCAUCAACUCAACGCUGACAUGCAACAAUCAGAACGACUGUGGAGAUAACUCGGAUGAGAGGGACUGCGGUUCCUUUAAAACUGUCUGUCCUGCAAACAAGAUGGUGGCCCCUGGGGCUGGGCUGGUUGAAAAUGGUUUUGAUGUUCUGGCGGAGGAGCCGAGGGGAGCAGUGCUGGACAACAUGUUUAUGGGCGGGAGCUGCAUCAUCAGGCGGCCAAAAAGCACAUUGCUCUACCAUCGAAUUCCACACAACUUUAAGACCUUUGACAUUAAGGUUGGAGUAUUGGAAGACUUCAGCACUGAGCCCCAGCCGCUGGUCUCUGAGUCCAUGGAGAAAAAGAGAGAGAGCCAAAUUGAAAUAGGCACCCAAGAUCCAAGAGGCUUUAUGUUUCUUCUCUUUUAUCUCCAUAGUUCUUCUAGGUCACGUCUUACCUCUAACAAGGAAGCUUUUGAGGCUUCAAAGAAAAAGGACUCCAAGUUUUUCCGAGUGCAUCAAGUUCUACCAAUUUCCACAUUUACAGUGAAGGAUCCGCAGGACCUUGUCCUUUCACUGCCUUUCCAGCAGUUCCUUCACGCUCUCCCACUCAAUUACAACUACGCCCUCUACAGGGAUAUCUUCCAGCGCUUUGGCACACACUACUACAGCUCAGGAAAACUGGGAGGCCACUAUGACCUACUGUACCAGUACAGCCGGGAGGAGCUAAAAAGUUCAGGUGAAACAGAAGAGCGCGUCACAGGCUGCCUGAGCCGAGAGACCGGCUGGACUGUAAUCCUCUACACUGAAUACAGCAGUGUGAGCAGAUGCACCAACAACCGGAUGACUGAGAAAUAUCAAGGCUCAUUCAUCCAGGCCUCAGAGAAGUCCUUCUCUAUGGUUAAAGGGGGUCGUGUCAGAGAGGCGGGAGCUCUUGCCUGGGAAAGACAAGGCCCUGCUCCGGACAAGACAUCCUAUAAGAACUGGGCCAAGUCUGUGCUUGACAACCCUGCUUUGGUAGAUUACAAGUUGCUUCCCAUCAUAGAUUUAGUAUGGGGAAUUCCCUGUGCUGUCACUAAGAGGAGGCACCUGAGGAAGGCUCUGCUACAAUACCUGGAGGAGUUUGACACCUGCAAGUGUGCCCCCUGUCCCAAUAACGCCAAGCCAGUUCUCUCUGGUACCGAGUGCAAAUGUGUUUGCCAGACAGGAACAUUCGGUACCAACUGUGAGACUAAGGCACCUGACUACACAUCAGAGGCAGUGGAUGGUUACUGGAGCUGCUGGGGGCCAUGGAGUAGCUGUGGGGCCUCCAUGAGGAGACAUCGAACGAGGAGGUGUGACAACCCUGCUCCCCUGAGAGGAGGCCAACCCUGCGAUGGUCCAAACAAACAGGAGGAACCGUGUCACAUCUCCCUCUUUGAAAAACAAGAGUCUUGUGACAAUGAUGAUGACUUCACUGUGGGAUGGAGGGAUGAGCUGCCGCCUGGGGUGGAGGGCUGUCUGAGGCCCCAGAGACCACUCAACGCCUUCCUCAGGAAAUCUAAACAGUAUUACAGCUUUGGUGAGGAUGAGGAGUUCCAGUGCUUCACCGGAUUUGAACUGGAGGGUUUUCAGUUCAUCAACUGCCGUCCUGAUGGAACCUGGAGUCCACUACAAGGAAGAUGCAUCAGGAAGCUUUGUGUUGGUCCAGAGGUCCCAGAGAACAUGGAGCUGUAUCCCGCCAAAGCAUCGUACAGAGUGGGCGAAGUAGUGGGUUUUAACUGCAAUGAGACUGGCCUGAUGCCGAUGCCACGAGGCACCUACAGGUGCAGCAGCAAGCUCACCUGGGAGCCUCCACUGCCUGCAGAUCUCCGCUGCACUGACGAGGAACCAUUUGUUCCUGAUGGUCAGUGUGGUCCGGGGCAGAAGCUACAGGGAUCUAGAUGUGUCUGCAUCAAACGAGAGAGCUGUCUUUCGCAGUUGGAGAGUCUCUGCAUCCUAAACGUAAACCUGGACGUCGCCGUGUCCAUGUCGCUCUGCUCCUUCCACGCGGGCCGUUGCCACGGUGACCCACUCUUCUUCAUCAGUAAAGGUGUGUGUGACUCGGUUGAUCCAUCUACAUUGGAGUGGGCCAAGUUCAGGGCCAAGAUGUCUUCUAGGAGUUCUUUGCACAUGCCCUGCAAUCUGGACACCUGCUACGACUGGGAGACAUGCUCCGCCUCUAAAAAGUGCGACUGCAAAGCUGCUCGUGACUGCGCCAGAACCUCGGACCACAUGUUCUGCGUGAAGCUGAAAGCAAACCAGAUGAUCCGAAGCUUGAGCCUCUGCGCUAUGGCAGCUGUGAGAUGUAUCGGUCAUGAGUUUGAAGUUCUCAAUGAGGGUGCUUGUGUGAGCAGAUGAUGGUCCAACUAAACUUCCCUGCAGCUCUGUGCUAUAAUGUACCUAGAAGUCAUGUUUACAAUAUGCAAUAAAAGCUUUUUGAAGAUA